UCUAUAUAGACGGGUUCUUUCAUCCACUAAAAAAACCACCAAAAAUGGCUUCUCCCCAUUGGCUCUAUGCAAUUUCGCUUCUACUUUUGCUCAGCUUUCAACUAUUUUCCACCAUUUCCGAAGCUGUUGUGCCAGCUUCAGACACCUUCAGUUACGUAAACGAAGGUGUUUUCGGAGAUUAUAUCGUAGAGUACGAUGCAAAUUAUCGUUUUCUUCCUCCCUUUUCUAACCCAUUCCAGCUAUGUUUCUACAACACCACCCCUAACGCAUACACUCUAGCUCUACGUAUGGGUACAGUCCGAUCCGAGGCGCUUAUGCGUUGGGUUUGGGAAGCCAACCGAGGCAACCCAGUUCGUGAAAACGCUACCCUCACCUUCGGUACAGAUGGAAACCUUGUCCUGGCGGAUGCUGAUGGCCGGAUUGCUUGGCAAACCAACACCGCCAAUAAGGGUGUCGUCGGUUUUCAGUUGCUCCCCACCGGUAACAUGGUUCUUCAUGAUGGCAAGGGUAAUUUCAUAUGGCAAAGCUUCGACUCCCCAACUGAUACUCUCUUAAUCGGUCAAUCUCUUCGAGCUGGUGGUGUCAGUAAGCUGGUGAGCCGGGCUUCCGCCGAGAGCAACACCGAUGGACCAUAUAGCUUGGUGAUGGAGCCUAACAUGCUAGCCUUGUAUUACAAGAGCCCUAAUUCACCUCGCCCAAUGCUUUAUUGGUCCUUAUAUGUUGACAGAGUUAGUGUGCUCAAUCUAACUCUUACUUCAGAUACAGCUACAGCUGAGGGUUUUCUCUAUUACUUCGAGUUUCUUUACUUUACGACAAACUCCCAGGCUGCUUCGGAUGUCGACUUGACCUACGCCCACACACGAUACAACAACACGUUAUCUUAUCUUCGAGUAGGGAUGGAUGGGAACCUUAGAUUCUACACGUAUAAUCCAAACGUGCAAGUCUACGCCUGGGAUGUGGCUUACGAGUUUAUGGGCAGAGAUUCCUUAGAAAGUGAGUGUCAGUUGCCGGAGCGAUGUGGGAAGUUUGGGCUAUGUGAGAAUAGUCAAUGUGUCGCAUGCCCAACACCAAACGGACUAAGUGGGUGGAGCACAGAUUGUGAGGCAAAGAAGGUGACAUCUUGUAAAGCAAGCGACUUUAGCUACUAUAAGCUUGAAGGUGUUAACCAUUUUAUGAUAAGGUACACCAGGGGAGAUGGUGGAACGAAGCAAAGUGAUUGCGAAAGCAAAUGCACCAAGGACUGUAAGUGCAUGGGAUAUUUCUACCACACGGCUGAUUCGAGGUGCUGGAUUGCUUAUGAUUUGAAAACAUUAACUAAAGUCAGAAACUCGACUCAUUUGGCGUAUAUCAAAACACCGAAGAAUUAGCCCCAUCGUCCAGAUCUUUGAAUUGCCAAUUUCCUCUUUGAGCAAGAUUUGGUUUUAGAGUUGUCUGUCCAAGUCAUGAUGUAAAUCUAUUGAGAUUUGAAUAAAAAUGGAUAUCGGUCAAAGAUAUAACCCAAAGAUUGGAUAA